ACGGUUGAGACGUCUGACUUGUCGUGCAGAGGGAAAAUUGACGAAACGUUAAAUCGCAUAUCUCGAGAAAGCAUUGAAAUCAAGAUUUUGGUGACGAGUGACGUACAUCGUCAAAUAAUUGUGUGUCUUUUUUCAAUAUAGCGUUUGUUACGUUGUAUAUAUAAAAAAUAUAGUGCUUAUAUUAAUUAAUUAAUUAAAAAUUAAGUAAAAGAUCGUCGUUUUUGAAGAGUGAAGAUUUCAACGAGCUUUUCUGACAAUGGGUCGCAGGAAAAAGAACUCGAGAAAAAACUCGAGCUUCGCUCACAAAACGUGCGAGAGUGAAUUGUCGCAAAAAUCAAAUUCCGUUGGAAAAGAGGCCACAGAACAGAAAGGAGAGAACCAUCCUGUGCUCGAGAGCACGAUCGACGUUUACGCACGUUUGAAAUUGCCACUCGUGCUGCCGAUGCACUCUCCGAUGCAUCAUCGAUUGUCGGACGACAGCGACGAAGAGGACACGCUCGAGCUGAACUUCUGGCCCCGCUUCGUUUUCGCGUCGAACUUGUGUCUUAUCUGCAUGGAGCGGUCACGGGAAACCUGCGAAUUUUGCGGCAUGGUCUCCUAUUGCAGCGACGAGCACAAGAAGCAAGGCUGGCCGCGGCAUCGUGACUUGUGCGAAGUUCUGACCGAGGUCUGCGCCAUCGGAGGCGGCUUGUCGUUGAUGACGGAACUUACCCCGGACGAUUACCGCAUUUACCGGUUGAAACUGAUCGAAAUCGUGGAAUGCCGCUUGGGUAGGCCCCUUGAACUCUGGGAGAAAGAGGUCAUUCUCUAUCCGCGUGUGUGUCGUAGCUGUCGUCACUUCUCCAAAGCGCUACUAUACUGUCCAGAUUGCGAAAUCGAGUUAUACUGCCGUGGUCACGAAGACGGACACGAGCAGUGGUGUCGAGAAUUUCAGGUUUUUCGCAGAGUGUUGCUCAUGCAGCACGAGAACGGCCACGUGGACCCUGAGAUACCGGAUACUUUUCAAAAGGAUCCACUUUGUCUCCCGGAUGAUUUCGACUCGUUGAUGGCGCGACUUUACGAUUGUUUGCCUUAUUAUCGCGAUAUGGAUUGCUACACGUACUGUAAUCUUUCGCACAUAUCGACUAUUCCGCUGACCGCUCUGUAUUCCAUGCAAAUUUCGUGUCAGAACUGGGGAAUCGUCGAUACUUUCGUGGUCCAUGUGAUAGGCGCGGAAUUUCAGUUCGAAUGUAUAAAUUUGCACGUAUGGGAAAAGUUCUUCCUGCAUUUAAUUCCAAAUUUGAAGCGUCUCAGAUUGAUGUUCAUCGGACCGGAAUUGAGACUGCCGACGGUUCCGUUGAAACUGUUAACCGCUGUAAAAAUCUGCUCGGCCUGUAAAACAUCCGAUCGUCACGUAAACGUCUCGUUUCAUCCUGGUAAAUUCUAUCACGAUUUCUGUCGUUCAAAACAGUUCAUAAAACCGGAUCUCGUGUGUCUUUUUAACCCGGGUCUUUAUCGGGAAACUGGUUUUGAAGGUAGAGACACGUGGCCGGAUACGAUAAGGGAAUUCUGCAAAACGAGUGUUCCUAUUUGUGUGACGUCUUACACGAAGCAUGAAAUUCCUCGAGAAAUGAUGAGGAUAAAAUCGAUCGCCGAUACGGAAACGAUUCUGAAGCCGCGGAGAAAUCCAUACGCAUCGAUUAAACCCGACAGGAACUUCGUUAGCGACGAUACAGCGCCACUAAUUUAUAAAAAUUAUUAUCUCGCUAUUGUAAGGGGAAAAUUGUAAAAACAUUAGGAUGAAUUUGUGAUGAAUUUUCUGGAAUUUAUUUCGCAUUUUGUUUCACACGAAUGUUUUCAUUGAAUAUUUACGAAGAAAUGUAUUUGUAUAAUGUACAAUUUUAUUUUUUAACGUUGCUUCAGUUUUAUAUAUGUAUUCGCGAAAUUUGUAAAAAAAA